AUGGCGCCCAUCAUCCGAUUCGCCAUCCUCCUCUCCCUCCUGGCUUUAGCCACGGCCAACAACGACAACGCCGGCUACAGCAACCCCCAACCCCAAACACCCAACAACAACAAGCUAUUCCUAAGAAUCGAAGGCCUGAUACUCUGCCAGCCCUGCGCCCACCGGAACUCCCAAUGCCUGGACGCCGCAACGCCCAUCCCAAACGCUCAAGUCACGGUAACCUGCCGUGACCCCAAGAACCGGGUGAAGACAUCGCGCGUAGCCAAAGCCGACGCCCAGGGCUACUUCCUCGCCGAGAUCGGCGUGGCCGACGGCAAGCAGGAGUUCUACGAAGGGGAUCCUUCCAAGGCAUGCUUCGUGAGGCUCCUGUCGUCGCCGGACAAGGGCUGCAAUGAUCUGACCAAUGUUCGGUACGGGAUCGAGGGGGCCGAGUUGAGGGACGAAGGGAAGCGGUGGGUCGCCGAUGGGGUCGAGAAUGUGGUUUAUGCUGCUGGUCCCCUCGCGUUCCGGCCUCGCUCCUGCGCGCCCACGAAGCAGUACUGA